UCUAAUUUCUACAGUUCUACGGUUUAAUUUAGCAGCUUUUAUCCAAACUACAUCUGAGAGGAGAUGGAACAGAAAGGUUCUAGUGAGGAGGAAACAAUCUGGAGAAGAUAAAACAUUUUUCUGAGACUGUCCGGACACUCAGAGGUUAAGCUGCAGCAGAAGGUUCGGUUCGUAAAGCCCAUCCUCCAUCCUCCACCUUCCUGCCUCCUCAGCAGCUUCCUCCUGCAGGUCGUCGGUCGCAUCAUGGAGCAGCAUCCCGGCAGCAGCACCGGAGGACCGGCUGUGUCCCGCCCGGAUCUACGGCUGCAGAGAUCAUGCCGACGUCCAGCCGCUGACAGGCAGGAAACCGAUGUUUGAAGAGGAUUUGAAUCGAGGCCGGUUGAACCAUGAUUGAGCUGGAGGCUUCCGCUUCGGCUUCGACUCCGGGGGAACAUCCUCCGCCAUACAUGAUCUUCCUGGUGGUCUUCCUCUUCUUCCUCACUGGACUGCUGGGUUUCCUGAUUUGCCACCUGCUGAAGAAGAAGGGAUACCGCUGCCGGACCGGAGACAUGGACGAAGACGAGGAGGAGGAGAAGAAGCUGGGAGGAGACGCAGACGAUGAAGAUGAGGAGAACCAGGACACCGUGGAGCAGAUCCUCAAAUGCAUCAUUGAAAAUGAAGCCAACAUGGAAGCCUUCAAUGAGCUGCUGGGAAACAACAAAGUGUGCGUUCGUCAUGACCCCCGGUUGCGUAAGGAGUCCAUCGGUGGCGUUCCUCCCCAUCACCACACCGUCCACUCAGGCACCGACCACAACUCCUGCCACCUUUGUGCUCAGGUUCGAUCCAAAAAGGGUCGCAGACAGAGCAGAACCCCUCGGUCCAAGCAGCGACCCGGAGAGCAGACUGUCUUCUCUGUUGGAAGGUUCCGGGUGACCCACACCGAUAAGAAGCCUCACGGAGGCAUCAACCCGUUGGCCGUCUCAGGAGACCAGCUGGACCAAUCACAAGACAGCGACGAGAGGAAAGAGGGCGGGUACAACCUGAGGAGCAUGUUCAAAGAAGUCCGGCCGCCUCCAGAAGGAGCCAAUGGGGUCGCUGCAAAUGUGGGGAAACGAAGGAAGAGCGUGACCAUAUUUGGGCUGAGGCGGGGGAGCGACCCGGUAGCCGUCAGAGGAGGGGAGGGGCCCGGUAGGGAGGCACCAGGAGUUAGAUUUGCUCUUCAGCAGCAGCAGCCGGUGGUGCAGGAAGAACCGGUGCAGGCGGAGAACGUUAAAACUGAUCAGGAACCAAACACAAAACCCGCUUCUGAAAGUGAGCUGAAAGAUUCUGUGAAUUCUCCCUCAUCUAAAAGUCACAAACUCUCCCAGAACUCUGGUCCUGAGGGAGCUGCUAACCUGGGCUCCAGUCCUGAAGCUCCAGCAGCCACUGCUCCAGGUUCUCUUCCUAUAGCAACUGUGAAGAGACCUGAGGAUGAUCCUGGACCCCUGCAGACCUCCACACCCAUCGCACCCAUGCCUGCAUCAGCUCCAGGCUUCAUCCCUGUGGUACCCACCAACCAGCCUGAACCCAGUUCUCCUGCAGGGUUCUCAGUCACCCAAACUCCUCCUGACCCGAGCUCCAGUCCAGAUCUACAAAAGGGGUUUGGUGCUUCCUUAGCAUUAAUAAGCUUAGGUUCAUCCCCUCCAUCUUCCUUUCCAAUCAAGACCCCAUCUUCAGCCUCUCUGUUGAGAACUCCUACCUCACCGCUUGCAGGGACACCGAGUCCAACCCUGAAUCUGAGGAAUAAACCAUCAGAACCUGCAGAAACUGUCUCCUCUCCAGCACUUACACCAAGUCCCAAGCUCCUGAUCAGCAGAUCGCCUCUUUCAUCGUCAUCCUUUGGACAAAGUUCUAGUCCUCUGCAGGCCAGUUCUCCAACCCCGGCUCUGACUGACCCCAGACCAGCAUCUAUACUAACCUCUCCUUCUACUCCAGCUGACCAGAACUUCCCAAGUUCGCCUCAUCUCACUGGGAAGUCAGGAAGUGUGACAUCUGUAACUUCUAUGACUAAAGGGGAUGUGGUUUCAGGUUCAUCAUCGUCAAAGGAUCUAGACUUUGAAGGAACCAAAACCGCAAAGACCGAAGAAAAGACGGAAAUGAAACAAGCUGGAAUUCUCAAAACAUCUAAGCUUUCACCAGCUGCAUCAGAAGAAUCUAAAAUUUCUUCAUCCGAUCAGCUUUUUAAAGACAGACUGGGCAGUUUGACUUUGUCCCCCUCCUCACCACAAGGGGGCAGAAGGAGUAGCGUGACCAUAGUUAAAGCCAGCCCUGACAGCAGGAGAGAGUUCUCUGUUGUCACCACCAUUGAGGAAGAAGAAUCCUCAGUGAAAGAACAGACGGGACUAACUUCUGAACAGGGAGGAGAAGUUUCUGAACAACCUGAAAGCAGAGAAAGUUCUGGAGCAGAAGUUAAACAAGCGCUGGGUCAGGAGAAGGAUGACAUGAUGGAGAUGGAGGACAUUAGAGACUGCAAGGUGAUGCAGGUGGAAGAAGAACUGGAGAAGAUGGAGCUGCAACAGGACUGAAGGUUGAAAUAUUCAGAUUCAAGACGAGAUGAUCCAAAGAAAGAAGAGCGAUGCCUCAGUGGACGAUAAAAACAGCGCUAGCAAAAUAAAACAACAUGACCAGACCUUUAAUCAUCGAUGGACCGACUGAUUUAUAGCCUCUGGAAUAUUUUAAACAUCACAGAUCAGCGUUUAGUUGUUGGAUUUUCAGCCCUGCAGCGUCGGUCGGUCCACUUUGGUGCAGAUAAACAUCAGCUGAUGGUUCUUAAAGAUGAACCCAUCAGACUGGCGCCAUUACCUGUUUAAACUUUUAGGGAAUUACCAUCGAUGGAUCCAGGUAAUAUUUGGUGAUACUUUGUUUCCCACCAACUGGUCCAGCUGGUCACGAAUCCAACCAGAUAUCUGCUCACAUCUGAAGGAAUUAUGGUAACUUUGGUGAACUUGUGCAGCUCCGUAGCGAGUCGUGCUUUCCACUGAUACCUUGAAAUGUCUCUGCUGGAUAGAUGGUACAGAGUUCACACUGACAUGUUCUCCGGAUAAUGAGUCAUUAUGAUGUUUCCUUCAGAGCUCCCAUCAGCAUCCUGUUUGAGGUCAUCUCUACAACUAUUGGAUGGGUUGUUUUGUAAUUACUGGUUCAUUAUAUGAUAACAAAGCUGUUAAAUUAAUGAGCUGCGAACAUGAUCCAACCCUCCUAUAGUGUAGAAGUUCCAGCCAAAGCCAUGAGGAACAGCAUCUGGGAACCAUGAUUCCUUCUUUGACCCUGUGUGGAGCAAAGUGUUGAUGACUGGUAAACCAACAGCUGUGGAGAAAACAUGGACUUUCAAGUUGUUUUAAAUGACACAUUAAUAUCUGAGGAUAUUUUUAAUACCACACAGAAGGGAAUGGAAACCAGUGGCUGAUCCAAUUAAAGAUGGUCCUCAUGAUUUGUAGGUUAGAACCUUAUAGUGGCUCCAGGACUAAUUGAUCAGUCUGGUUAUUAGCCAACACACAGAUGAUCAGUAGAAGCUUCUUUCUUCUCUUUUAAGGUGAAGGAACAUAAAAAAAAUAUCUGCAGCUGAAGGGUUAAGAGCAUAUUAAGAGAAUUAGAUUCAGUUAUGGACCUAAAGAUUCCUGACAUUGGUGGAUUUACCUGCUUGAUUAAUUAUUGAUUUGGAAAUUGAUCAGUGUGUAGAGUGUUGAUGGGUGGAAAGCUCUGAUCACAUCUAUUGAUUCCUCUCCAGAGUUUAUCUGUUGGUUUAAACUAUCUCUUUAUUCCAGUUUGUUUUGUCUCCCUUCAUUUUAAGUCAAUAUUUAGCAGCAGCUCUGGUUCUGAGGAGUUCUUUCAAAGUUUUUCCACCACAGUAGAACCUUCCGGAGGUUCUGAACAGAGGGAUGAAACUUUUAGAGAAUAAAGUCGGAUAGAUAUUUAGAUUUUACAGCGUAAUAAAAAGUUUUAAAGCCACACCUGUCUCAUAAAAGAAAGCUGACAUUGCUUUCUCUAAUUGGAUUCAUCAUUACGAACCAAGAUGUGAUUGUUAGUGUUUCUGUAACAUCCUUAAAGGCUGUCAGAGCGGAAGUUACAGAACAAGACGAUUUAAUUCACAACUGAACUUCACCUUCAUGUCUUUGUGCUCAUAAGAAAACUCACAGCUAAACCAAACUCUGCAACAACAACAGGAGUCACAGGGUUAUAAAUUCUAUGUGAGUUUAAUUUUUCCACCCUACAAAAUGCUUUUCAAUUUUAUUCAUUAAAAUGACUGCUGAGACUGAGGAACAGUAAUUACACAAAGGAAAGAAACAACCUCCUGAACACUAAAACCUCUGCACCAAGGAAAACUAAAUGAGGUAGAAAAUAGCAAAACAUGUUCAGAACACUCCAUGGAAGCAAGUUGGAAAAUAUCUCCAUCAUCAUCCUCUGUUUUAGUUUCAGUGGUCCCAAUACUUUAGGACUGGUCAUAGAAUCUGGAUUUAUUCAGACUCCAGUCCCCAGAUCAGAACCCGGGUUUGUAGGAUUAGUAGGGUUUCAGUUAGUAGGGUUAGUGUUGGGUUAUAAGAGUUAGUAGGGUUAGCAUUAGUAGGGGCAGUUGGCUUAGUAGGGUUAGGGUUAGUGUUGUGUUAGUAAGGUUACAGUUAGUAGGGUUAGCAUUAGUAGGGGUAGUCGGCUUAGAAGGGUUAGCGUUGGGUUAGGUUUAGUAGAGUUAGUGUUGGGUUAGUAGGGUUAGCAUUAGUAGGGGUAGUAGGGUUUGUGUUGGAUUAGUAGGGUUAGUCUUAGGUUAGUAGGGUUAGCAUUAAUAGGGGUAGUCGGCUUAGUAGGGUCAGUGUUGGGUUAGUAGGGUUAGCAUUAGUAGGGUUAGUAGAGUUAGUUUUGGGUUAGUAGAAUUAGUAUUAGUAGGGUUAGUAGGGUUAGGGUGAGUAGGGUUAGUGUUGGGCUAGUAAGGUUACAAUUAGUAGGGUUAGUGUCGGGUUAGUAGGCAUAGGGUUAGUAGAGUUAGUGUCGGGUAAAUAGGGUUAAUAGCGUUGGGGUUGGCAUUAGGGACACAGACUGGAUCAGAACUUAGUCCAGAGGUUAGCUUAGGGUCAGUGGGGUUAGAGUUUGGGACACAGACCAGAACAGAACUUAGUCCAGAAGUCUCACUUAUUUCCUGAUCUUUCUGGGAAACCAACCAGGACGUCUGCAGCCUUCGUCUUCCAUUUACUGGUCACAUAUGAUAAUAAACAUAGAAUAACAGAUCUGCUGUCUGAACAUCAUCCAGCACCACGUCUGUUCAUGUUUGUUACUUUUAAACCCUUACUGACCCUAUAAAUGAAAGACUGAACGAAAGAAUGAAAAAAUGAAUUGACAUGUUCACCUCCACGUAUUUAUUUUUUUCAUGUUAACCUGCUGAUAUGAUCAACAUAGUAAUCUUGCAAAUGACACUGAUGAAAAGAAGCUCUUUGUCAUUUUUUCACCAUUAAUGUGUUUUAUGAAUAAUUUUAGAACCACAACUGUAUAAUUAAAUAUAAUUACAUUAUUCAACACAGAUCUAUAUGAAGCUCUGAGUCUUUAACGGCUGUCUGAUGCUGAUAGCGCAUUUCUGUAGAGAUUUUAUCUCCAAAUGUUCUCACAGCUUCGGUCUGUUUUGUAAAGAUAAAGGAGCACAUUAAGUAGUGAGGCUGUAAAUUGAAAAAACAAAGAAACUUUAGAAGCAUGUCUGCCUCAGAAUUAUACAAAUCAUUUUAGAGUCAGAGUGCAGAAGAAAAUAUUUGACACAAGCCAACUUAUAUUGGAAAUUUUUUUUAAAAAAAUUAUGUUUUUUUGCAGAAAAGCAAAAAACUUCUUAAAUACGAGCAACAGGGUUAGAAACAAAUGCUGCUAAUGAGAUUCAGGAGCUUCUUCUGGCAAAGGUUUAGACAGUAAAUACAGAAAAUGUAGUCACAAUCAAUGAGUGGAGAGAUUGUAAAGUGAAGUUUUAUCAGAAAACAGCAGAAAUAAAACGUUGCUGGAGCAAGAGCUAAAAAUACAGCCAUCAGCUGAACUCUGAAGACUUCUUCACACGACAAAGGAAGCUCUUGUAUUAUUACAUUUGUUAAAUAAACCAGUUUGAUUUCAGAUCCUCAGAUGUGUGGUCAGAUGUUUCAUACCAACGUCUUCUGUUUGUGUUUCCUGUCAAGAAAAAGCUUCACAGAAAAUACAGAUUUUAAAAAAUAUAAUUGAAGGUCUCAUUCGGCAAGAAUUUUAGCUGAACUCAAAGUUUGUUGCCUUGAAAUGUUUGUGUCGGUGUGCAGCAGCAUCUGGUCAUCAUUAACCAGGACUUUAAAGAAUGAAUUCAUUCGUUCUUCUCUUGAAUCUUCGUAAAAACGGACUCUGAAAGUCUGCAAGCCUUGAUAAUAAACAUGUUGGUCAGCUUUCUGUUAGUUCAUCCAACUGCUGCAGUCAAUAAAGAGAAGUCUGACUUUAAAUCAGCUGCUAAUAAUCAGCACUAAUUGUCUGAUUGGUUGAAACCUGCAGGUCGCUGAGGCUGUAAAAUCUGUACAGACGAUGUAAAUAUGCAAAUGUACCAUAAACCUGUUCUUAUCAAAUAAAAACCUUUAGUUUGCUUCAA